AUCCAAUUACAAUCCCAACGCCUAAGCUUCGUUUCUGCACCACCCUCUUAUUAUAUCACACGCACACUCUAUCGAUCUUUCCAUCCAAGAUAGAUAAAGUCACUACCUCAGAUCUAGUCUCCCUCGCUCUCUUUCUAAUUUGCAGAUAACGCCAUGGAACCUCGAGGAGGCAGGUCUUUACCUUUAUCAGCCACGAUCUGUGCAGCUCUUGCGUUUCUGAUUCUGAUCCAUGGCGGUCACUGCUUCUACCUUCCCGGUGUUGCUCCUGAGGAUUUCGUAAAGGGAGAUGAGUUGAAAGUGAAAGUGAACAAAUUGACAUCUACAAAGACACAGCUUCCUUACUCGUAUUAUUCUCUCCCUUAUUGUCGCCCAACCAAGAUAGUGGACAGUGCAGAGAAUCUUGGGGAAGUACUUCGUGGUGACCGCAUUGAAAAUUCUCCCUAUGUGUUUAAAAUGCGGGAGCAAAAGAUGUGCAAUAUCGUUUGCCGUCUUAAACUUGAUGCCAAGACUGUGAAGGAGUUUAAGGAGAGGAUAGAUGACGAGUAUCGAGUCAACAUGAUCCUUGAUAACCUUCCUCUCGUGGUUCCAAGACAAAGGUUGGAUCAGGAAUCUCCUGCUAUCUAUCAGCUUGGCUAUCAUGUUGGGCUCAAAGGCCAAUAUAGUGGUAGCAAGGAGGAAAGGUAUUUUAUCCACAAUCAUUUGGCAUUCACUGUGAAGUUUCAUAGAGAUUUGCUAACUGACUCGGCAAGAAUUGUUGGAUUUGAAGUUAAACCAUUGAGUGUUAAGCAUGAAUAUGAAGGAAAAUGGAAUGAGGAUAAGACUCGUUUAACAACUUGUGACUCCAAUGCAAAGCAUACAGUUGUUAAUUCCAACUCUCCUCAAGAAAUUGAAGCGAACAAAGAAGUGAUUUUCACAUAUGAUGUUGAAUUCCAGGAGAGUGAUGUGAAGUGGGCAUCUAGAUGGGAUACCUAUCUUUUAAUGAGCGACGACCAAAUUCAUUGGUUCUCAAUUGUCAAUUCAUUGAUGAUUGUCCUCUUUCUCUCGGGAAUGGUGGCAAUGAUAAUGCUACGGACACUUUACCGUGACAUAUCCAAGUACAAUGAACUUGAGACGCAGGAAGAAGCCCAAGAAGAGACUGGAUGGAAGCUUGUCCAUGGAGAUGUUUUCAGGCCCCCAUCAAAUUCAGAUUUGCUUUGUGUCUAUGUCGGAACAGGGGUUCAGUUUCUUGGAAUGACCCUUGUUACCAUGAUCUUUGCCAUACUGGGGUUCCUUUCUCCUUCAAACCGAGGGGGUCUUAUGACAGCCAUGCUCUUACUUUGGGUUUUCAUGGGCCUUUUUGCUGGGUAUGCCUCUGUGCGUUUGUAUAAAAUGUUCAAAGGAACAGAAUGGAAGAAAAUUGCUCUCAAGACUGCAAUUAUGUUCCCUGGAAUUGUCUCCGCCAUUUUCUUCGUCUUAAAUGCUCUCAUCUGGGGCCAGAAAUCAUCUGGGGCUGUGCCAUUUGGAACAAUGUUCGCUUUGGUAUUUUUAUGGUUCGGUAUUUCAUUCCCCCUUGUGUUUGUCGGCAGUUAUGUUGGAUUCAGGAAGCCUGCAAUUGAUGAUCCUGUAAAGACGAACAAAAUUCCAAGGCAGAUCCCAGAGCAGGCUUGGUACAUGAACCCAGCUUUCUCAAUUCUAAUUGGAGGAAUACUUCCUUUUGGAGCUGUGUUCAUUGAGCUCUUCUUCAUCCUCACAUCGAUCUGGCUGAAUCAGUUUUACUACAUCUUUGGUUUCCUCUUCCUAGUACUAAUUAUCCUCAUUGUCACUUGUGCUGAGAUAACAGUGGUGCUCUGUUAUUUCCAGUUGUGCAGUGAAGACUACUUGUGGUGGUGGAGAUCAUACCUUACAUCUGGCUCUUCUGCAUUAUAUCUGUUCCUUUAUGCGACAUUCUACUUCUUCACAAAGCUUGAAAUAACCAAGUUCGUUUCUGGGGUGUUAUACUUUGGAUACAUGCUGAUCGCAUCGUAUGCAUUUUUUGUGCUAACUGGCACCAUUGGAUUUUACGCUUGCUUUUGGUUCACAAGGCUUAUCUAUUCAUCGGUGAAAAUCGAUUGAUUCUGGCCAAUUCUUCUCUUUCAUCACCAAAACCAAACGGGGUAAGAUUCAAAGACAGUAGAUAAUUAUGUUCUUAGAUGUAAACAUUUUUGCUCAUUUUUGAAUGCAGACAAGACGAUUCCGAUGUUAUAGUCCCUUUUAUUUUACUUACAUUGAAGAAUGACCUUUGUUUCUUAAAUAUAUAGAUUAUCAGGAAGCUCCUCAUAUGCUUCCAUUUGAUCA